CCGGGGCGGAGCCGGAGCUAUGCCGGGGAGCGGCAACACCCGCCUGCCGGACAGAUGGACAGACUAUCUGCCACUUGGACAAAGAAUGCCGGGUACUAGGUUCAUCGCUUUCAAAGUUCCUUUAAAAAAGAGUUUUGAAUGGAGACUUGCCCCAAAAGACAGAUUUUCUCCUUUUGACCUCCUUAAGAAAAUUAGAGAACAGAAAGAAGAACUUGGCAUGAUCAUUGAUCUAACAUACACAACGCGCUAUUAUGGACCGGAGGAGCUACCAAAGACACUGUGCUACUCCAAGAUCUUGACAGUUGGACAUGAAGUACCAGAUAACGAAACAAUUUUUAAAUUUAAAUGUGCUGUGAAAGAGUUUUUAUGGGAGAACAGAGAUAACGAUAAACUCAUUGGAGUUCACUGCACGCAUGGCUUAAACAGAACUGGUUACCUUGUUUGUAGGUACCUAAUUGACGUUGAAGGCAUGGAACCAAACGUCGCUAUAGAGUUGUUCAACAGGUCGCGAGGGCAUUCUAUAGAGAGGAAGAACUAUAUUGAGGACCUUCAGAAGGGCCCCAUCAGAAUGAACCAUGCUGCAGAUGGACUAGCAUUUGAUUUAAUCAAAGGACAAAGCAGCAUGGCACCAAAUUUGGAUUUCCAAGUAGCUGGACAUCAUCCGUAUUCACAACAGCUCCCGCUGGCAGAUGGCAGGCUCUUCCCUUCUUGGCGAGGAAAGGAAAGAAAAAGAGAACAAAGAGCCUUGUACCCUGUCAGGAAUUUCCAUGGGGUUUACGACAAUGGGAGAUCUGCUUAUUCCAAGGAAUGUGUCCCUACAGCCAACCUGGCCCAGCAAACACCGCCUUACCACUUGGGACCUGUCAACUACCCUGUUCCCCUACCUUAUAACAAACAGUAUAAUGAUUACAAUGGACCAUACUUUCCAGUGCAAAAUCCUCAUUAUAUACAACGGGAAAUGUAUAAAAUGAAAACAUCCAGCAGACCCAAAAGGAAUCACUAUACAAAUUAAUGUGAGGGGCUCAUCUGGUGGAAGAACUUGAUAGUGCGCUAUAUGGAGUCCACUCUAUGUGGCUUUUUUAAAUCUAGAAGCUUUAUUCGAGAAUGAGUCUUUUAUUCAUUCUAAUUCCUUUGCUGUGGUGCCCAUCGCUGGCCAAUUGCCAGUCAGGAAACACAAAGGAAGGAAUCAUUAAUUUUAAUAUUGAGACUGUUUUUAAGUUUUAUUUUUCCUAACCACCUUCAUAACAAACCCUCACCUUUUUACUGUAUUGAAAUAUUGUGACAUCCAUGUUAAAAUGACGUAUCGAGUUCUAAAUGGACACCCAGGAUAAAUAUGGACCCAAACUGACUAGGUGGUUUCCAUGAGAAACGUUGUGUGCAUUGUUUAAACUCUAAGGGAAUUGUGUUUUAAACGAAUGCCUUCCCCUGCAGUUGUUUAUAACCAAAGCAUAGCAUGGCAAUACCUGGAAAGAUAACCAAAGUGAAAUUGAAUAGUAGAGCGGGCCAGAGAUCAGCCUUUCCAUCCCAUGAAAAAAAUCUCAAAUUUUUGAGAACUUUCAUCCCAAAGAUCAAAUUAAAAAAGCUUCAUGGGAAGGAUAGACUGAAAAAAUCCCACUUGAUUGAUUUCCCACAGAAUUCUUUGGCUUGCUGCCCAGCUCCCUAUGAAGUCUGAUUUCUGGUUGCCUGUUUUCCAUCACAAGAGCUGUCUAAAUUGAUAGGUUUCUACAGAAUGUUUCAAUGUUGAUGAAUUGGCAUUUUGCCGAAGAAAAACCUUCAGCUGGAAAACUUAGGACCAGUUCUACUUAAUAGCCUAAUGUUUCCAUUCUUCAAGAGGAACAAAAUCUAGCAUAAUCAUUUUCAUUUUACAUUGUUUUAAAUGUAUGUUUUUAACCUUAGUAGUCUCCUAAAUGUAACAGGUGAGGGACUGGAUGGCUCUAGGAAGCCUGAAGGUUGGUUGUUCAGAUCCAGUUCAGAUUGAAAUUGAAUGUCAGCAAGGUCAUUGCUCCUUAUCCGCUACCCAUGAGACAGGUGACUGUUGCAGACCACCAUUGUUAUCACUCUAUGUGGCAGUCUCACAGAGGCCAAGGACGGAAGCAGAGACUCCCUCCUCACCGCAGAGCUGAUCAGUGUG